AUGAGAUGGGGAUUCCUCGCUGUCUUGCUAGCGAAAGGAGCGCUGGGAUAUGCCGAGACGCACACAUUGAGAAGCUCUGUGCUUGACAAAGAUGCACCAGAGAAGAGACGCAGCCCUUCCCACUCCCUGCAGACGGUCCAAAGCUCCGAGGCUGAGAUGAGCCAAGCGGUCGCCUGGCGCCUCGACUGCCGCGCGGUGGCGCCCUCCGACCUCAUCGACUACUGCGGCAUGGUCCAGAACAUGGGGUACGCAAGCUUGCCGCUGGUAUUUCUGUGGGUUGUUGUGCUCAUGUGGCUGCUCAACACUACGGCUGAAGUCUACUUUGUGCCCCCUUUGGUGUACUGGUCUUCGCUGCUGAGCUUGCGACCGGGAAUCGCUGGUGCCACCUUCGUCGCCAUUGGCAACGGGGCGCCCGACAGCGUGAUGAUGUUCCUGGCACCGUCGGUUCAGGACGCCUUGGACAUGGUGCUCUGCGGCGUGAUGUGCAUCCUCUGCGUGGCCGGGGGCUGUGUCCUCCUGGCUCGGCUACGCCUGCGAGCACGCGCGGAUCGAACUCAGCUCAGUGACAAGGAAGAGGCAUGCGAGCCCCUGGACCGCCGCGCCUAUAUCAACAAUGCCGCGUGGCUUGCUCUGGCGCUGGGCUACAUGCUGUGGCUGCUGACGACGCGGCGGGUGACGCUGGGCCGGGCGCUGAUGAUGCCCCUCAUGUAUGUCUGCUACCUGGCGUCCCUCUUCUUGCUCCCAGACAGCCGCCCGCCCCUGAUGGCCCCGUCCGACCUCGGCCCCGCCCCGCCCCUGCCGGGCCUGCAGAAGCCCCCGAAGGGGGACAUCGGCCAGCUGGUUCUAUGGGCCCUGGCGUGGCCUACCUACGUGCUGCGUUGGACGUUGAUCCCGCCCUCGGACUACUUCUGGGACCGACCGCGGCGCAUCUUCUCGAGCCUGUCCCCGGUGGCCGUGCUGCUCUUCUGCCUGUGGAGCUAUGAUCUGGGUUUGCGCUGGUGCGUGCAAAGCCCGGCAACCAUCGCCGUGACCCUGGUGGCUGCGCUGGCGGCCGCGGGCAUCUUCCUGUCGAGCGACGACGGGCCUAAGGUGCCGGCCGUGUACCCUGCGACCACGCUUCUGGCAAAAGCUUCCUCUGUGCUCUUCCUACUGGCCGUGGCCAAGGAGCUCACGAGCUGCUGCAAGACCGUGGCUUUCUACCUGGGUGUGUCGCGCUUCGUGCUGGAGAGCACGGUGGUGCCCUGGGGCAACUCCCUGGGAGACAUCGUGACCGGCAUCGCCAUGGUCCGGCAGGCUCAGUCUCAGGCGGCGGCCACUGCGCUGUUUGCUGGGCCACUGUUUAACCUCCUGGUCGGUGCAGGUGUCUCCAUGCUCCUGGUCACUGUGCAGAGGGGCGAUGCUGUCGUCAUUGCAGAUGAGAGCUACCCUUCGCUGAUGAUGCAGGUGGGCUGCAUCGCCGUGGCCGCCUCGGCGUUGGUGCUCGCCUUCGCUUUCGAGAAAGAGGGUGGCACAUUGUGGCCCGUGGCCAUGUGGUCCAUCUACAUGGUCUUCAUCGUAGGUGUCGUCAUGGCGGAAGUGGACCUGCGCCUGUCGGGCCAGUGA